GUUGAUUAAAGAAUGGAAAAUGCACAUUAUUCGCACAGUAAACCAAGACAGAGCAAGAACGAAUAUUUUGAAAAAUAUGAAGUCGGAUGAAGCACUUCUAGAAAGAGAUUGGGCUAUGAAGUUCCUUCCCCUACAAUACAGAGAAUCCCAAGCAAAAUGGUUUGCUAAAAGAGGGCUGUCAUGGCAUAUCAGUGUUCUGUCAUGGAAAGAGGAAGCCUUAAGAUCAGCUACCUUUGUUCAUGUUUUUGAUAUUGCAAAUCAGGAUGCAAUAACAUCAGCUGCCAUUCUGCAAGAUACUCUGGGUCGAAUAAAGAAUCUUAAUGCAGCAAUACAGAAUGUUUAUGUACGGUCUGACAAUGCUGGCUGUUACCAUUCAGUUUAUGGCAUUGGAGUUGUUCCUUGCAUUAACCAAAUGAACAGAAAUGAUAUGAAUAUAAAACGAAUGGAUUUCUGUGACCCACAAGGCGGUAAAUCAAUUUGUGAUCGAAAAGCUGCUCAUAUAAAAUGGUACAUAAAAAGAUUUGUGAAUGAAGGAAAUAAUGUCUUGAAUGCCAGUGACUUCAAGGCUGCUCUUGAAAACAAGAUGAACAAUGUUCAAGUUAUUGUGUCUUUGCCACCAAUUUCCAAAUCACCAAAAGUGUUGCUGAAAUUACAAAACAUCAGUCAGCUUUUUGAUUUCAGUUAUGACAACAGAAAUUUGACUGCUUGGAAGCAGUAUGAGAUCGGAAAAGGCAAAACAAUAAAUUAUGACACUGCAGGAAUUAAUUUAAAUUGGGUAAUCCCUGAAAUUACUCCUAAGUCUGUAUCCGAGGUCACAUUAACAUCUCCACCCAUAGAAACACAGACAAACGUAAAUUCUUCAUCACCCACAUGUCAAGAACAAGAUGCAACAGCAUCUUCAUGUAUAGAUGUCAGCAACCAAGAAAUGGUGGAAUCGUCGUGUGCAGAUGACUGCAGCAAUGUAUUCACCUGUCCAGAGGAUGGAUGCAUAUCUACAUUUUUAAGAUACGGCCAUUUGUGUAACCACUUAGAUACAGGAAACCACACUUUUUCAGUUGAGAGAAUGGACUUGCAGGAUCGCUCAAGAUUUUCGUAUGCUAUCCUAAUUGAAAAUAGACUUACUGGUCCAAAUUUGAAUGGAUCAAAAGAUGCUUCUUCAGGUGUGAGCACUUUGGAGAGAGGAUGGGCUCUUAAAAAAAAGAGAGAAGUCAAAAGAUUUACUGAAACUCAAAAAUCCUUUAUGACCAAGAAAUUCAACCAAGGUGAAUCAACAGGAUUCAAAUGUGAACCUGAAGAAGUGGCACGAGAGAUGAGAAGUGUAAAAAAUGACAAUGGUGAACGAAUUUUCCACUAUGGAGAUUUUCUCUCAGCAUCUCAAAUUGCAAGUUUUUUUAGUAGACUUUCGUUAAAGAAAAGGCAGAUGUCUAACACUGACUAUGAAGAAAAUGACUUGACAGCUGAAGGGAACAUGAACAAUUUGAAUCAGAUUUCUGAUGUGGCUCUUAAAGCAGUGAACUAAAAUACAUUUUCUAACUAAAAUAAAGAUUUUAAUAUCAAAGUUUUUGGAAGGGGAUAUAGGAAUCACCCUGUUUGCUUGUCCAUCUGUCUGUGGACAACACUUGGAUACUACUGCUCUAGCUCUAGUUGGUUGGA